UAUUUCAACACCUCCUACUUUUCUCUCUGGGGCGCCUGCGAGCAGAAGACCCGUUACCUAGUUACAAGCGAGUGAUGGUGCAACGAGUAGCCUAAUGUAAUGUUGGUGGCUUUCAGUGCAGGCUACCUCUCGGACUGUGAACAGUCAGGUGGAAGUGCGCGUAAAAGAAAGUUCAUUCCGUUUUCAUUUAUUUAUUUUCUAUCGGACACACUAAAGAAAGAACAAUUGUGUACCCUCUUAUUUGGGGGUAUUUUCUCAAGAGAAAGCACAACUUCACCAUUAUUUAAUCACCCAGCUGUGGAUACUUGCCGAAAAAACGUGUUUGCAAAAGUGAAAGGACAGAUGGGUGGGAGUUGAGAGAGACAGACAGACAUCCCCCUACUCCUCCAUCUCUCCUGCCUGGACUUCUGCUCACCGCCCCCUCAGAGAUGGCAGAGGACAUGUGGGAGAACAGCACAGUCCCCAGCCCUUACCCCGACCUCCCCUGGUCUUUCCUACUAUGCAACGACACCCUCCUCAACGACACCCUCCUCAACGACACCCUCCUCAACUGUAUCAACUCCACCAACAUUCCAGAGAUGCCAUUAGGACCCAGUGUAGCAGGGGUCCUCAUCCCACUCAUCUACAUCAUUGUCUGUGUCAUCGGCCUGGGCGGGAACAGCCUGGUCAUACACAUUGUGCUGCACUACUCCAAGACGGAGUCUGUGACUAACAUCUACAUCCUGAACCUGGCCAUCGCUGAUGAGCUCUUCAUGCUGGGCCUGCCCUUCCUGGCUGUCCAGAACACCCUCCAGUUUUGGCCCUUUGGCUCCUUUAUGUGCCGCCUGGUCAUGACCGUGGACUCCAUCAACCAGUUCACCUCCAUCUUCUGCCUGACCGUCAUGAGCAUUGACCGCUACCUGGCAGUGGUCCAUCCCAUACGCUCCUCCAGGUGGCGGCGGCCCCAGGUGGCCAAGGUGGUCAACGGCACAGUGUGGGCCAUCUCCUUCCUGGUGGUCCUGCCUGUGGUAAUCUUCGCCAACGUCCACAAGACAGGCGGCACCUGUAAUAUCUCCUGGCCUCGGCCGGCCGACAUUUGGCGGGCGGCUUUUAUCAUCUACACGUCCACAGUGGGUUUCUUCUGCCCACUCCUCAUCAUCUGCCUCUGCUACCUGCUCAUCGUCUUCAAGAUCCGCAGCUCUGGCAAGAAGGUCCACGCCACGUCCACCAAGCGCAGGAAGUCGGAGCGCAAGGUGACGCGCAUGGUGGUGAUCGUGGUGGCCGUGUUCGUCUUCUGCUGGUUGCCCUUCUACGCCCUCAACAUCCUCAACCUGCUGGUGUCUCUGCCAUCAGAGUACCCGGGCCUCUACUACUUUGUUGUGGUAAUGGGCUACGCCAACAGCUGCGCCAACCCCAUCGUCUACGGCUUCCUGUCAGAAAACUUUAAGCGGGGCUUCCGCAAGGCCCUGUGUCGCUCCUCACGCAAGGUGGAGAGCCACGACCUGACAGAGCGCCAGCAGCAGCAGGAGGUGAGAGGGAGGGUGCUGAAGCCCCGAGAGAGCUUGAGGAGGGUCGUACGAGAUGAGGAGGAGGAAGAGGAUGAUGAUGACAGGGAGGACGUCACAGAGAUGACGGAGAUCUGUAGAAUCGCCCAGAAUGGGAACGGACAUCCUGAGAGUUCCCAGGCCCUGUUAACACCCAAGGCGCCAGCUCCAGGGGCAUCUGAGCAUGUGGCAUCCCCAGAAAGGAAAGCCAAAGCUGGUGACAUUGGUGGGAAAGGCCCAAGCUUGGGGCCUCCAGCAUCCCUGCAUAAUGGACACACAAAUGGGAGUGUCAAACCACUGCCAGAGGAGCCAGUGGAGAAGAACACCUCACUGGAGAUAAGCUACCUAUAAUGUAAAAUAACUGUCUCUGAAGUCAGUUACCUGAUGGAACUUGCAUUAAUAUUAUAUAUACACUAAAGUGUGGCUCUAUUUAAAUGUACAGCGCUAUACACAUAUAGAGAAGAGAAGCACUCUGCAAGGCCAUAGCACCUUUCAUAAUUUAUUGCUACAUUUCUGAUCAAUGGGCUGAGAGCGUUUGAACUCUGCAUCAAGCCAAUGGAAUUUGUGUUACAAUGGCUUGAUACUGCCUGUAAAACGAUGUAUAUACUCGGUUGUUUCUGAAGACAUUUGUAUAAUUUCAAUCUGUGUUUAUAUGUUUUACCACAUGAUCACUGUAUGUACAUAACGUCUGUGCCUUUUUCCAAACUUAUCUGACAUAUCUGAUUGUAAUUGUAUUACAGUUUUACUGCACAAUGUGACAAUCAUUUAUAUAUAGAUGAAUGUAGCGUCACUUUUAUAUCCUAGUCAUUCACCUCUGUACACCUUAGCUGGAGGAACAGAGGACAGAAGAAAAAGAAGGCACCUUGUGUAGCUUCUAUUCCAUGACCACAGAAUGGCCCUACACUCUUAGAACAAGGGUUACAAAAAGGUUACAAAGGGGUUCUUUGGCUGUAGAUUAGUACCUCUUUUUCUAAGACUGUACCACUUAUUUGUUUAGAUUGUUGAGGACUGGGGGGUGCACAAGCAGAGGAGGAAAACAGGUGUCCUGAUUGGCAUGAAAUCAAACGGUGGUUGUAGAUUUUUGAAGGUUUAUUUUGCUUGUGUGUUGUGAGCCGUGGUUGUGUUUGUACUGCUGCUAUAUGGGGGAAGAAAAGGGCUCUGGAAAGAGUUGGCAACUUGGCAUCCGGUGACAGUGUCUCAUGUUACUGAAUAUCAAGGUGGAAUAUAUGGUGACAGUGUCUCAUGUUACUGAAUAUCAAGGUGGAAUAUAUGGUGACAGUGUCUCAUGUAACUGAAUAUCAAGGUGGAAUAUAUGGUGACAGUGUCUUGUAUUACUGAAUAUCAAGGUGGAAUAUCUUGUGACAGUGUCUCGUAUUACUGAAUAUCAAGGUGGAAUAUCUUGUGACAGUGUCUCGUAUUACUGAAUAUCAAGGUGGAAUAUCUUGUGACAGUGCCUCAUAUUACUGAAUAUCAAGGUGGAAUAUCUUGUGACAGUGCCUCGUAUUACUGAAUAUCAAGGUGGAAUAUCUGGUGACAGUGCCUCGUAUUACUGAAUAUCAAGGUGGAAUAUCUGGUGACAGUGUCUCGUAUUACUGAAUAUCAAGGUGGAAUAUCUUGUGACAGUGCCUCGUAUUACUGAAUAUCAAGGUGGAAUAUCUGGUGACAGUGCCUCGUAUUACUGAAUAUCAAGGUGGAAUAUCUGGUGACAGUGUCUCGUAUUACUGAAUAUCAAGGUGGAAUAUCUGGUGAGAGUGUUAAAUUUGCUUGAGGGCAUACCAAGGUUGCACAUAUCUGAUUGUUGUUGUGUUGUUGUUCAACACUUGACCCUCUGGUUUCUGUAACUCAGCCUAUAUAGUAUGCCAUUUGAAAGGUCAAGGAACAUCAGAGUUCCUGUACACUGAUUGUUUCUUUUAAGAAUGACUUUUUCCUUUUCUUUUGAAUGCUAUCUGGCAGCUAUGACAGGGGAGCCACAUUGGAGGCAUUGAGGUUGAACAGACAGAGGAUAUGAGAAUAUAGACAGAUAAGAUAUGAGCAUGAAUGGCUGAAAUCAAGACAUUGUAGGGAUGGUAUCUACAAUAUCUGACAUCUAGGUGAUUCAUAUGACUAAAUGUGUAAUAAAUGUAUUUGUUUUAUCAUAGAUAUUUACUUGGACAACAAAAGGAGCGCAGAAUGUAAAAAUAGUAGAUGUUCUCUUUAGAGGUUUAGUUCAUCAGGGGAAAAGACUACUGUAAAUCAUGCACACACACCAAGCCAUGAAAAAGAAACUGGUACUGUAGGUGCACACAAAAUAUGCAUUAUUAGACCGUUACACCAGAGUUAUCACAAAGCCACAAACCCUCAUAAACCAAUUUGCCCAGUGGAGUGGAAGGCAUUAGGUGAAACCACACUGACCAACACAUAAAGUGCCUCAGUAUAUUGUUACACUCCACCAACAUUGUUGACUCUUGUGUCCCUUUCACUGCAUUCAAUGAUACAAAUAGCACUGUACUGUAGAAAGCAGUUAACUCACUUGAACAAUGCUAUCUGAUCCAUGAUAAAUAAAUUUCCUCUGCCACCCCCACCGCUGCCACACUCCCACACACACACUCUCUCUCACACAGCUGCAUUAAGAGGUGUGAAAACAUCAUUAAAGGCUUAUGAAAAGUGAAUUGUUUCACAAAUGCCAUGCUUGCAGUUCCGCUGUGCAGACUUGUGACAAGCAGCAUGCUGUGAAGUGUUGUGUAAUUGCCACUUUGCUGUAAAAUAUACACUUGUUUACUCGUGCUUGAGUUGUGUACGGGAUUAUUCUAUCAUAUGUGAUUUUUGUGAUCUUUCCUCAGUGAUAAUCAGCGCAGUGCUUAUUGUAGAUGGAGGGGAGGCAAGCAGCUGACCACCUGAUUGGUCGACGGGUGGUAUCUUUAUGAAUCUGUGUGAUUCAUUGUCCGCUCUCUCCACCCACAGACGCCCACCUAAGUAUGAUAUGGGCCCAGAAAGAAGCAAACAGAACCUCAGGUGACUCUGAUAACACUGAUAUUAUUCACUCUUUUUGGCAGUGGCUACUAUGGAAACACUAUGUAAACAGUGCCUGUAGUGCAAGGGUAAGAACACAACAGAGCCCUGAAAGUCAGAGAAUAGGCAGAUGUGCUAUUUGGUUUGGGAUUAAAUCUCUCAAUCCAAGGGCAACACAAAUGCACUGACAUGUUCUCAGCUAACUAUCUGUAGAGGAUCAUUCUGUGGCGUGGUCAUUGCGUUCCAAUGGGCCAUGCCAAAACACCAUCAGUGUUAUUGUGCCUCUUUUUUUGAUGAUGUCUCAAGCAUCUCAUUGUGUCAAUGCAAUCUGACAGUUUAAGCAUUGCUCAAAGAGACAGCUGGGGGAUAACAAGUAGAUGGUUUGCUGAUG